AUGUCAGGCGCGGAGGCUGACUGCCAGUCCCUUGCAGACAGCAGCAACGCAGAAGCAGCUGCAGCUGCUGCUGCAGGCGGCCAGUACAGGGGCCCCUUAUCAACGCAGCAACUGCUGCAUCACAGCAGCACGCCCGCCGCGGCUCCUGCUCUGUACGCCACAGCGGCCUAUGCGGGGACUUCUCUGCCUUAUAUGCUUGAAGCAACGCAGCAGCAUCAGCAACACCAGCAGCAGCAGCAGCAGCAAACCAAGCCAGUCCAUAUGGCCGCUGCAACGGCACCUGUCUUUCCUUCCGAUGCAGCAGCAGCAGCAGCAGCUUCAGGGUCUGCUGAUGAGAACUCCCUCGCCUUCUUUGCCCCCGUAUAUUACACAGGCCUUACAGGAGACCGGGGCCUAGUGAGUCUGGAUGCAGACAGCCACAGCAUGGGCGCUGGGGGAGCUGCUGCUGCUGCUGCUGCAGAAGCCGAAUGCCGGCAAACGCCCUACCCCAACCAGCAACAGCAGCAAAUGCUCCUGCUGCAGCAACAACAGCGGCAGCUGCGCCACCACGCAGCGCGCGCAUCAUCGGCUGAAGAGGGGUCUCAGGCAGCUGCACCGGGUGCUUCCUACGUAGGUGCUGCUGUUGCCGGCCCGCAACAGCAACAGCAGCAGCAGCGGCAGCUGCACCCCACAGUCUCCCGCAGGGAGAAUUCGUUCGAUGGAGGGGCGCGGGCGGCGCCGGGAGAUAGCGGCGUUCCCUCUGGAGGCAUUUCAGUAAUAUCCGAAGAUGACGAACUCUACCCAGAAGACUCGGCGAGCUGCAUGGUCGUGACCGCUGCCCAACGGCGAGAAACAGCAGCAGCAACAGCAGCGACAGCUGCCGCAGCUGCAGGCAACGCCGCACCCAGAGGCUGCAGACACAAGGCGGGAGUCACCAGGCAGCUGUCUGCUGCUCAGGGCUUCAGCAGGGGCAGGGCCUCUCAGCCCACUCAAUUUCCAGGAGAGGUGCUACAGAGGAGACAAGCCCAAACAUGA